AUGUCUCGGGCGGAUAACUGCACUGAACUGGACGACGUCCUCAUGAAGUACUACCUCUGCCCGGUGUACGCCCUGGAGUUUACCUUGGGUUUCCUGGGCAACCUAGUGGUCGUCCUGGGUUACCCGCUGUGCCUGCAGGAAUGGCGGAGUACCAACGUCUACCUGUACAACCUGGCGGUGUCCGACAUCAUCUGUGUGUGCGCUCUGCCCCGCCUCUCCUACCUGUACGCCAACGACAUGACGGAGACAUCGCCGGUCAGCUGUGUUCUCAACCGCUACAUCCUCUUCGUCAACAUGUACGCCAGCGUCCUCUUCAUGGCUCUGGUCAGUCUGGACCGCUACCUGCUGCUCUGCCACCCUGCUCGCGCCCACGUACUCCUGACACCACGCAUGGCCAUCCGCAUCUCCAUCCUCACCUGGCUCCUCGUCAACCUCGAGAUGACCCCUCUGGUCUACUACGCCAUCAAGGACAACGCCCGCUGGAGCGGCACCGUGUGCCAUGACUUUGCCAGCCUCUCGAGGUCCUGGGACUUCCUGGGCUACAGCUUGGGUCUGACGGUCGUGGGGUACAUCCUGCCCCUGGUGGUCCUCUUCUGGAGCUCUCAGAAGAUCGCCUCCAUGCUGAAGACUCAGGAGAAGGCCUUCCAGCAGCGGGUAACCUCAUUCAGGAGGCCACUGCGUGUAGUGAGGGCAGCUGCAUACAUGUUCCUGCUCCUCUACUUCCCAUACCACAUCAUGAGGAACAUGCGCAUCCUUACACAACUGCCGGUGGGCGGAAUAUCCAAGUGCACCAUUGUGAAUAUCAAGGCAGUGUACAUCGUUACAAGGCCGAUGGCUUACGCGCACAGCGUCAUCAACCCCAUCUUCUACUUCCUGAUGACAGAACGUUUCCGUGAGCAGCUCCUGGCCAGGGGUCAGCAGAUGAGAACUAGACUCACUGGCUUCUGCUGCAAAACAUCAUGAAUGGACAAGACAACGUCCUUGGGUAUCAUGAAACAUUACCUUG